AUGCAUGGUUUGGCAUUGAUAACAACAGGCCUGACCCUGCUCGGUCCAGCUGCUGCAAUUCUUGUAGCAGACAAUUCUCCCUGUGGAACAGUAUGUGGCAAUGUACUCGAUGCGACUACAAACGACGAUGUCGUCUGCCAGGAAGGCGAUUAUACCAGUGGCGCAGGCAUUGUAUUUCAACAGUGCCUGACGUGUGAGCAAAGCAGCGACUACACUACUAAGAACAAUCAAACAGACCAGGAAUACUACCUCUACGUCGAAAGCUACGACUAUUGCGAUAAUUGGCCUAUCCACGACACAGCUGAUUUUAUUGGAUGUACCGAGUGCCUCCAAGUAGGCGACAACCAUUUCCUUGCCAAUUUUAUCACUGUUCUUCAAGCUGGAUGUGAACAGAAACCACAGCCUGGCACCUUGGUCUCUACAGAAGGAAGCAUAUUCUCUAGGGACGACGUCAAUGUCACAGAGCCCACGCCAGUUGCUUCCGUGAACCCAGAUUGGCUCGAACAGGGUCCUAUUAGUCUCGGUGCCAAAGUGGGCAUCGCCGCUGGAGGUGUGGCCUUCAUCUUAUUUAUCCUUGGAUUUUGUAUCAUCUGGCGUGGUAGGAGACGAAGAAGGGCAUUCCUCAGCAUGCUGGAAACGAAACACAACAAUUCCUGGCCUACUCCACUAACUAUCCCUCGAGAAACUCGCGACACUCCUCUCAGCCAGAAGCCACUAAGAAGCUGGGACGAAUCGCCGGUCAGUGUCCGAUCCGAGCAUCUGUUUCCGCACCAUGUGUCCCCAUACGCCUCGCAGUAUAACAGCCCCGUCAGUGCAACUGAACUCAAGCUCGCUCACUGGCCAGUCAUGGCCCCCAACCAACAGAUGACUCCGGCGAUGAACAGCCAAUCACAGUUUCCCCAGAUGUUCCCUUCAAUGUAUCAUCCAGAUCCAAGCAGCUCCCAGAUAGGGGUUGCUUUGGGGGGAGAUGACUCAUCUGUCAACUCAGGCAACUCAAAAGGCAAGGGCCCCCAAGGGGAAGAGUAUGAGAUGACACCCGUGGAAAAUCCUCAUGCGGGCAUAGGGAUAUAUCAGACCGGCGUCAACCCCUAUGGAGAGUCAAGUCGAACGACUGCUCCGCAGUCAGGUUACUUUCCAGAAGGGCUCACCCAUAUGAACCAGUCAUACGGAUACCAUAACCCGUAUGGACAUCUCGAAGAUAAUGGUCGAAUGGGUCGUGACCCGUAG